AUGGGUAGCACCACCAUCCUCCCCCGCAAUGCCCUAGCCUUGGGGGUGGCGCGUGCCAUACGUCGCUUUAGUGCAGAUAUUCCUAACCCACUCCAUGAGGAAGAGGAAUCAGAACUGACACGGGGCAUGAGACCGACCGCCUACCGGAAUGGGAAGAUACACACUAGGCCUACCCGCCAGCGCAGCCGCUUUGUCCAGAAAGAUGGCCAUUGCAAUGUAGAAUUUGUCAAUCUCAGUGAAAAGAGCCAACGUUACCUGACUGACCUCUUCACCACAUGUGUGGACAUACGCUGGAGGUGGAUGUUCCUCAUAUUCUCCUUUACAUUUGUGGUCUCCUGGCUUAUUUUUGGUUUCACUUUUUGGCUUAUUGCUUCAUUGCAUGGGGACUUAGCUCCACCUCCUGAACCUGGAUCAGAGGAGGCCCCUCCCUCUCCAUGCUUUUUGCAAGUCACUAGCUUUAUGGCUGCCUUCCUGUUUUCUUUAGAAACUCAAACUUCCAUUGGCUAUGGAUUUCGGAGUGUGACAGAGGAAUGCCCAUUGGCAAUAUUGACAGUGGUGCUGCAGUGCAUUGUGGGCUGCAUAAUCGAUGCCUUCAUUAUUGGAGCCAUCAUGGCAAAAAUUGCCAAACCUAAAAAAAGGAAUGAAACUCUUGUGUUUACAGAACACGCAGUUAUUGCGCUAAGAGAUGGCAAACUGUGUCUCAUGUGGAGGGUGGCAAACCUUCGGAAAAGCCAUUUAGUGGAGGCACAUGUACGGGCACAGCUCCUGCAGCCUAGAGUCACCCCUGAAGGAGAAUACCUUCCACUGGACCAUAGAGAUAUCAAUGUUGGGUUUGAUAGUGGCACAGACAGAAUUUUCCUUGUGUCUCCAGUAACCAUUGUUCACGAGAUUGAUGAAGAGAGCCCAUUGUAUGAGGUUGGUAAGGCAGAACUGGAAGCAGCUAACUUUGAGUUAGUCGUCAUCCUUGAAGGCAUGGUAGAAGCCACGGCAAUGACCACACAAUGCCGUAGUUCUUAUCUCCCAUCUGAGAUCCUGUGGGGUAACAGAUUUGAACCAGUUCUCUUUGAGAAGCGUAACCACUACGAGGUGGACUACCUACACUUCCACCGUACUUAUGAUGUCCCAAAUACACCCACAUGCAGCGCCAAAGAACUUUCUGAAAGGAAAUAUUCAAUGGUAGCUCGUAGUUCAUUUUGUUAUGAGAAUGAGGUGGCCCUAAACUGCAUCUGUGAUGAAGAGCCACCUGCACUUGUGGACACCACAUUAUUGAAUCAAGACGUUUCACUUGAGUUAAGCAUGCUUAGGGUUGUGGAUCCAUUAGAGGAAAUAUUACUAACAUGA